GCGGCAGGGACGUAAGUGACGGCGGAGGCGGUGCGACAGCUGCUGGAGGGCAGAGGAGGCGGCGCGGCCCGUCCUGUCCUCGCCAUGAGGCCGCAGCAGGCGCCGGUGUCUGGGAAGGUAUUUAUUCAGCGAGACUACAGCAGUGGUACACGCUGCCAGUUCCAGACCAAGUUUCCCGCGGAGCUGGAGAACCGGAUUGAUAGGCAGCAGUUUGAAGAGACGGUUCGAACUCUAAAUAACCUUUAUGCAGAAGCAGAGAAGCUUGGGGGCCAAUCCUAUCUUGAAGGCUGUUUGGCUUGUUUAACAGCGUACACCAUCUUCUUAUGCAUGGAAACUCAUUAUGAGAAGGUUCUGAAGAAAGUCUCCAAAUACAUUCAAGAGCAGAAUGAGAAGAUAUAUGCUCCCCAAGGCCUCCUCCUGACAGAUCCUAUUGAAAGAGGACUUCGAGUUAUUGAAAUUACCAUUUAUGAAGACAGAGGCAUGAGCAGUGGAAGAUAAACCAUAGAAUUAAAGAUCCCAUCUCAAGCUGGGACCCACACCUUCCACUGGCCGAUCGCAGAGUGUCCCCUACCUCCUCUCCAGAGCAUCAUUCCUUUGUAUCUGCUGCCAGAGCCACGGUGCCAUUUACUCCAAGGACUAACUUUCUAAAAUUCCACACCUGGAGUGACCUCUAGUCGCUCAGCAUCCACUUUGUGUCUCCAAAUUGUGUAAGACUCUGUAAUCUUUUGAUUUCUGAGAAAACACAAUGAAGCAUUUCACUUUUUUUAUUCAAAGUCAUUAAUAAAAUAUGCAGUUGGUCAGCCCAACGCAAAGUUUAUUUCUUA